GCAAUGAGUGCCAAGUUUAAACAGAAAAAAGGCUUUAAUAAGAGUCAUGGACCAACUUCUCGUAAAGAUUUGCGGAAACAGAUGCGCAAAGAGAAGAAAGCCAAAAAGAACGAAUAUUUUAAAAAGAAGAACAUAAAAGGUGUAAUUAAUGAAAAUAAAAAGCCAGGAAAACCCAAAUUUAAUUAUAAUCUUAACACGAAAUGUCCUCCCAAAAUUGUCGAAGACCACAAAAAAGUUGAAAAUGACCCAAAAGAUAAUAAAAUCCCCACAAAACCCCAGAAAAGUUUCAUUGACUUACAAAAUAAACUACACAAAGAAGAAAUGAGGGAAAAAUCGAAACUAGAAAGAGGAAUAAGAAAUCAGAGAAAAAAAAUGCUCAUGGAAGCCAAUAAAGAAGAGGACAAAGAAAUCAAAAGACUAGAGAAACAAUUAAAACUUAACAAGAGAAAGUCCAAGACUGUUCCAAAAUCAUUUGUCGAUGAAGGUUUGGAUUGGCUUCUAGAAGUGUGUGACACGGAGAAGCUGCGUGAGUCAGACAGUCUGCAGGCGAAUUUGCAGGACUCAGGGUCAGAGUUUGAAGAUGAUUUUGCUAUUGCAACAGGACAAGGAAAGAGGAAGUUGAAAAUUAAAGAAGAUUCUUCCAAAAGACAAAAGAAAACACCUGAUUCACAAGGUAAAAGCAGUAACGAAAGCGAUUCUGAUAACAAAUCACAAAGUGAGUAUUCUCUAAACGAUGACGAAAGUGAAGGAAAUUACGAUUUUGAACAAGAAGAAAGUGAUCAAAAUCUGAGUGAUAUAGAAAGUGAUGUAAAUCAGGAUGAGGAAGAAGGUAGUGCCAACGGAAGUCAAGACGAAGGUAGUGAAAACAAUGAGAGUGAUAGUGAACUCCAAGAUGAAUCAAACAGCGACGACAGUAAAGAUGAAUUUGAAACUGAUGAAGAAGAAAACAAUUGUAAUGAAGAUGAAGAAUCGGACAAUAAUAUAAAGACCAAUAACAGUAAAAGAGAACUUGAAAAUGGAAAGUGGGAAGACAUUUAUGGGAGACUUAGAGACGAAAAGGGAAAUGUUUUGCAGGUUCAAGAAAAACAAAAAUAUGUUCCACCUCAAUUGCGAGCCAAAGCACUCGGCCAGGACAAAAAAAAAGUGGAGGAACUCGCUCAACUGAAAAAGCAGCUGAAAGGUCUUGUCAAUCGCUUGGCAGAAUCAAACCUACACAGCAUAGCAAACCAGAUUGAUGAGCUGUAUAUGCGGAACAGUAGGAGCGACAUGAACGACUCCCUCCUCAGUCUUAUAUCUGAGGCUCUGAUAUUUCAUGUGUUGACUCCUGAGAGACUAGUGAUUGAACACAGUGCUCUCAUUGCAGUGCUCCAUGCUAAUGUGGGACUAGAAGUCGGAGCACAUUUCCUUCAGAGUUUUGUACAGAGGUUUGACUUGUUGUUCAAUCAAGGGCCAGAAGUUGAAGAUAAAGAAUUAGAUAAUAUUCUUCUCAUUAUUUCCCAUUUGUACAAUUUUAAGGUGUUCCAUGCUGUACUGAUGUACAAUAUCUUGGACAAGCUUGUGGAGAGAUUUGAAGAGAAGGAAGUUGAACUAAUCCUUCUGGUAUUGCGGUCUGUGGGGUUUAGUCUGCGCAAAGACGAUCCUUUGGCCCUCAAGGAUGUAGUCCUCAGACUGCAGAGGAAGGCUAACGACUCUGUCAAAUUCAAGGACAACCCAAGAGUAAAAUUUAUGCUAGACAUUUUGUUGGCUGUGAAAAACAAUAACAUGGCAAAAAUUCCACAAUAUGAUCCCAGCCAUAGUGAACACCUUAAGAAGCUUAUGAAGACCAUGAUUCACAAGGGAAAGUACAUUACUGAACUUAAAAUCACAUUGGAGGACCUAUUGAAAGCGGAAGAGAGAGGUCGUUGGUGGAUCGUAGGAUCUGCUUGGACAGGAGUGGAGUCCACCCCCACCCCUAACUCUGCCACCCCUGCCUCAGACAGUCAAUACAGCCAAACUGUGUUAGACUUGGCUCGUAAACAGAGGAUGAACACUGACACUAGACGCAACAUCUUCUGUAUCCUCGUCACUGCUGAGGACUACUUAGAUGCCUUUGAAAAGCUGCUUCGACUCGGAUUGAAAGCCCAGCAAGAACAAGAGAUUGUGCAUGUUAUGGUACAUUGUUUGAUGCAAGAGAAAACUUAUAAUCCUUACUACUCCCAUCUGGCUUCCCAGCUCUGUAAGGCGGACAGGAAACACCAGAUGACCAUCCAGUAUCAUGUUUGGGAUAAAUUGAAAGAACUCUCCAAACUCUCCCAAUCCAAAAUUGUAAACCUUGCAAAGUUUUUGGCACAUUUGUUUUUGGAAAAAGCUCUUCCAAUUUCAGUGUUAAAGGUGAUGCAGUUCUCAGAGAUGGACAAGUGUCACGUCCGAUUGUUACGACAAGUGUUGCUCUCCGUCUUGUUGAGUGACUUGCCAGAAACAGUCUCGGCUGUGUUUUCUCGUGUUUCUCGUCCAGAAAAGCUCCACAUGUUCCGAGAGAGUCUGCGUCUCUUUCUGCACCACUUUGUUCUCCGUAACGUCUCAGACUUGCCCACAGACCAGGCCACCUUGUUGAAAGAUCGGGUGAAACUCGCCGAGACAGCGUUAAUCCACAAUGAUGCCAAAGCAAAGUUUUUAUAACGGGAUGAGUUACUCACCAUUGAGCUGGCAAGCUAGUGGACCCCCGCUGUCCCCGCCGCAAGCGUCCACUCCCCCCGCCAAUGUCCCUGCACACACCAUGCUGUCCAGGAUACUCUGGUCUCUGCCCCCGUAGACAUCACUCUGUCUGCAAGUGUGCUGGUCCAGCACAGGCACAGAGGCUGCUUGUAACUCAUCUGAUAAACUCUCCAGAUCGUCUUCUGCAACAAAAUUUUUAUUUCAUGAAAUAUCAAGGUCCAUACAAUAGAAACUGAAUGACAAAAUGUUCGAUAACAAGGCAUUCUUGUUAACAAAAGUAAUUUUUAAAUACGCUUGAUAUUAUACCAUCCUUAACCCUCCGUCGGUCGCACCAAUUCUUUAGCACAACUGGUCGCACUAUAUCUCUCAGAUACAUUUUUCCUUGACAAUUUUUCCUUGAGUGCUUUAGACAUAUAUUUUCCCCCUAAUUUUUAUUUUACUUCAUAUAACAACUAUUGACCUAUAGAUUUAUACAGAUUUCACGUCCUCUAAGCAUUUCUCAAUUAGUAAAAACAGAUUUCAGACCACACACAUUCCUGUAUCCAAUAGAAACAGUGCGAACAUGCCCAUGUCAAAUUGAAUUGCGACCAGUGCCACUUCAAGUAAAAUUAAACUCAAAGUUUUCUUUGCUGGGUAAAAACAUUUUUAUUUAUUUAUAUAUUGAAUUACAUUACCUAAUUUUUACAUGAUAUUACACAGAUACAUCUCACAUAAAAACAAGAUCGGUUCCAUUUUUAUUUUGAGAUACGGUACAUCACAAAAUAAAAACAGGACAGGUCGCACUGUAUCUAUCAGAUACAACGGAGCAAACAAGGCAUGUGUGCACUGGACAACGCUAACAGGUGAGUGGGGGAGGGUAUGAAACAGCACACUGGCCAAGACCGGUUUUGGGACGAGGACACAAAAAUGGCGGGUAUUUUUCAUGUUGCGGUACAGUAUCUAAUAGAUUAGGUGCGACUGAUGGAGGGUUAGUCACUAAAGUUACCGCAAACCUCAUAAGAAGUCAACCUUGAUUACAAGUCUUAUUUGAUAAUCCCUAUGAGAGACUUAUUAUCGAGGUUCUAGGGUAUUUGUUAUCAAAAUUUGUAUUUGAAAAUUCCAAUGUUCAAAAAACAUGUUCUUAGUUUGGUUUACUGUAUAAAUACAUUUACUAUUUAAUUUUUUUAAAUAAGUACCGUUUGAGUGUAAAUAUAUCAAGUAGUAUAUGAUUGGAAUUGAUCUACACAUGACAUAAGAUCUAUUUUUCCAUCUAUUUUCCAUUAAUUGUGAAGCAUUGCAAAUAACAGAAUUUUUUACUGCUGGUAUUUACAUGAAAUUGUUUGUGCUGUAUUCUGUAAAAAUGUAAAUA